AUGGGUAUCGAUCUCGACAAGCACCAUGUUCGAGACGGGCACCGCAAGGUAGCCAAGUCCACCAACCCCUACGUCAAGCUGUUGGUGCGUCUGUACAAGUUUUUGGCUCGCCGUACCGAUGCCCCCUUCAACAAGACCGUUCUGCGACGUCUCAUGAUGUCCAAGAUCAACCGCCCUCCCGUCAGCCUGUCCCGCAUCAUCGCGACUGCUGCCAACAAGGGAUCCGCCAAGGCACACGAGGGCAAGACGAUCGUCAUUGUCGGCACCGUUACCGACGACAACCGUCUUCUCGAGCUCCCCAAGCUCUCCAUUGCCGCUCUCCGCUUCACUGCCUCUGCUCGCGCACGCAUCCUGAAGGCCGGCGGUGAGACCCUCACCAUCGAUGAGGUUGCCACUCGCUUCCCCACCGGAUCCAACACCCUCCUCCUCCGUGGCCCCAAGAACGCCCGUGAGGCCGUCAAGCACUUCGGCUUUGGACCCCACUCCAACAAGAAGCCAUACGUCGAGAGCAAGGGCCGCAAAUUUGAGCGCGCUCGUGGACGCAGAAGGUCGCGUGGUUUCAAGGUGUAA